AUGGCGAUACGGACGUGGCAGAGCCGCAUGCCCCGGGGCUUGUCUCCAGAAGCGCUGCGCGAAUUCCUUCGCGUGAACUGGCACCUGGGAUUCACAUCGUUCGGCGGUCCGCCCGCGCAUUUCAAGAUUUUUCGCGACAAGUUUGUGCGCAAGGAGCAAUGGAUCGACGAGCAAUUUUACCAAGAGCUCUUCAGCGUCGCGCAGGCCCUGUCCGGGCCGGCCAGCACGAAGAUGCUCUACUGCAUUAACCUCGUCCACCAAGGCACCCCCAUAGCGAUUCUUGGCUUCAUCAUGUGGAACCUGCCGGGCGCCUUGGCCAUGUUCGGUCUGUCCCUCGGCGUCGCCAACAUCAACCAGAGUCUUCCCGGGAUCGUCUAUGCCCUUUUGUCGGGCAUCAACGCGGCGGUCGUCGGCGUGAUUGCCCUCGCCACCGUCGAGCUGGCGACCAAGGCCAUCACCGACGAGCUCACCCGGCUGCUCGUGUUCUUCACGGCUUCGGCGGGGACGCUGUACAAUGCCCUGUGGUACUUUCCCGUCCUCAUGAUUGCCUCCGGAUUGGCAACGUUGACAUACGACCUCCGCUGGCUGCACAAGCCCGUCAAGGCCAUCGUGCACGUGGCGACGUUUUGGCGGCGGCGCGACGGCGAAGCACAUCCAGAGCCCGAGACGGGAGCAACGGAACUGGGCGAGGCGCAGAAUCAGAGUCCGAACGAGCCGCCGGCAAACACUCCGUCUGCUGGAGGCGGUGAUGACACCAUCACCACCAUCCCAUCGCCGCAGGCGACACAGCGGAGCGGAUCGCAGCCGGGCCUGCUGGCCUCGACGAGAGACGACGAGCCGCGCGUGAUCCCCGAACCGCUUCGCAUCAACGUCUCCUGGCGGACGGGCGCCGCCCUCAUUGCCGCGUUUUUCACAAUGUUCUUGGUGGUGGUCGUCCUGCGCGGCACCCUCGCCGCCCCGCCGCUCCUCUACCGCCUCUUUGCCAACAUGUGCCUUGCCGGCACCAUCAUCUUUGGCGGCGGCCCCGUCGUGAUCCCGCUGCUGCGCGAGUACGUGGUCGCCGAGGGCUGGGUCAGCCAGCGGGACUUUCUGGUCGGCCUCGCCAUCAUCCAGGCGAUGCCGGGGCCCAAUUUCAACUUUGCCGUGUUUCUCGGCAGCUUGACGGCGAUCAAUGCCGGGGCCAGCUCGGUCCUGGGCGCUGUCGUUGCGUGGCUGGGCAUUUUUGCCCCGGGUAUGAUGCUCGUGCACGGGACCAUGGGUGUCUGGAGCGCGAUUCGCAGCCGGCGCAUUGUCAAGGCCAUGCUGCGCGGCGUCAAUGCCGGGGCGGUCGGUCUCAUCUACACGGCCGUGUACCGCAUCUGGCAGGCCGGCUACUUGAAUCAGUCGGCCCAGCAGGGCGAGAGUCUUGGGGACGACCCCUGGUGGCUGGUGGUGGCGGUGACGAGCUUUGUGUUUGGACGCUGGUACGGGCUGAGUCCGCCUGUGACGAUUCUCGCGGGCGCUGUGAUGGGUCUGAUCUGGUACGGCGUUGUGUCGCGAUGA